CCAAAGUACAGUGUAUUAUAUCGCAAUACUUUAUAAAGACCGUAUACAGUAAACAAAACAAUUCAUAUUCUCAAUUGAUAUGUAGUUACAUACAGAGGAAUUGAUUUCUGACAUGUAGUGUAUUUAAUAUGAAAUUGUAUCUAUCUGUUAAUCGGAUGUCACUGGACUUACCGAAACAAGUGUAACGUGCUGAAAAACGACAGGUAUGGGGAACUCCUUCUUCAAGAGGAUUUUCUCACAAAAGGAAGUUCGAAUCGUGUUUAUUGGACUGGACGCUAGUGGCAAAACUACGACGUUGUACCGCCUUAAAUUGGGCGAGGUGGUAUCCACGAUACCCACCAUGAGUUUUAACUUGGAGACAAUAUCACACAAUGGAGUCAGUAUCACUGCAUGGGAUGUAGGGGGAAGGGGCAAAGACCGACCCAUCUUUAGGCACUAUUACCAAAACACAGAUGGCUUGGUAUUCUUCGUCGACUGUGCGGAUAAAGAAAGGUUUGACGAAUCUGUGGAUGAGCUUCAGAGAUACCAGGAACUAGAUGAGUUAAGAAACGUCCCAAUUCUUGUUCUUGCCAACAAACAGGACCUAUCAGAAGCUAUCACUCCUACGGAGGUGGAUAUGAGAAUCUCCGAGAUUAUUACGCCAGUUGACCGAAAAUGGGCGGUAUUCGGUGUAAGUGCUGUACAUGACUUGUCCGGCCUGAAUGUGGCGCUGGAUUGGCUCACUUCCGCUAUAGUUGACAGCGAGGCAAAACACGUGGUGUCAUCAUGGACACCUGAAAUACUUAAAGACGAUGGCAAAAUGGAGGGUAAAGAUAAGAAAGAAGCAUUACUGUCAAAUGAUAAGGGCAAUAACGUGUGUGGAAUGGUGGAAUCCUUAAAGAAACUUGUGUGGAGGUUUACUUAAAUCUACUUUCUUUUGUCCUUUAAACAAAUGACGCAAGGUAGUCAACAUCAUGGUGCAAUAUUAUUUACCCCAUAGCAUGCCUUAUACUUGGUAUAUCUGAUAGAGAAGAACUGAAUUGCAACUUUGUUGUUUUUGUCAGGUCGAUAUCAUUGUAAUUAAAUUUUUGACAGAGGUGCAAAUCAGUUGUUCUUGUGAUACCAUUUAUACCUAUAACUAUGCAUAUCAUGUUCUUGUAAGCUUUUGUAUUAAUUUGUUGAGAACGUCACAGCGGGCUGUAUGUAAUAGAUUAAUUAAU